AUGGCUGGGAUAUUCAGAAAGAAAAAAAAACAAUCACCUAAUUUACCUGAAAUAAGAGAUUCUACACCAUAUAAUCAGAUAAGACCACCUUUACAGUCACCCAAAAAUGUUCGACGACAACAAAUUUAUCAACAGCAAAGCAAUUAUCCUCCACAAUAUAAUGAUCCAAAUUGUCAAUAUCCACCACCAUCAGGAGAAAAUCAAACAUAUUAUCAAGAAGCACCACCAAUUCAACAUUCACGGAGUACUUCUUUUGAUUAUAAUAAUUCAAGUUACCCUUUUUCAAAUGAGACAACUCCCAAUACAACGACUCCUACUUCAUCUAUAGCGCGAGGUUUUGAAAGAAUGUCAGGUGCAUUUUCACCAAGUGAAAUUCAAACGUGGGUGAGCAGUUACAGAGAUAAUCGGGCAGCGAAAAAUGAAAUACAAAAACCUUCCGAUGAAACUAUUGAAACUAUGUUUUUGGAUUUAAUGAAUAAAUUAUAUUCAAAAAAUAUACCAGAAAUACAAAAAAAUGCAAUGUUGGCUCUUUCAACUGAUAAAAAAUGGACACUCAUAAAAAAUGAUUUAUUAGAUGAAGAGAAAAAGAAACCUACGGCAGAUGUUGUUGCUGCUUCUCAAAAUAACUAUGCCCCAGAAUGGUAUCUUAAAAAAAUUUUAGAUGGCUCGAUAACUGCGAAUAAUUUGGAAUCUUUAAGCGUUUCUCUAAGGGCUAAGCCUAUACCUUGGGUUCAAUCGUUUAUUGAUUCUAAAGGUUUAGAUGUUCUUGCAAAUCAUCUAAACAAUAUUACCCGUAAACCUAUAAAGAAAGAAACAGAUAUUUAUAUGGAACAUGAAAUUAUCAAAUGUUUUAAAUCGUUAUUAAACAACAGAUUGGGUGCUCAAGAAGCAUUAUCACAUCCAGCGUGCAUUUACAGUAUAACUUUUUCACUUGUCUCCCCUCAACUGAACACUCGUAAACUUGUGGCCGAAGUUCUUUCAUUCUUCUGUUAUUGUGAAAUUCCAACUGGUCACAAUUUAGUUUUGGGAGGAUUUGAUCAACUAAAGCAAUUUCAAUCCGAACAUGGAAGAUUUGAUGCUUGGAUGAGAAUGUUGGAAAAUACAAUUGAUGGUCGUGGACGUUACGGAAGUUUAGUUAAUGCUAGCGAAGAAUAUAGAAAAGGUGGAGUCGGAAACGAGAAUUCUUUAAUGGAAUAUGCGGUAGGCGAAUUAAUUGAACGUUUAAAACUCACAGUAAUAAUGAAUAAAAUUAUCGUAUUAGAUCGACGUGGACUUGAUCAAGAUUGGAAUAAUUCUGUAGGUCUCACCGUUUCGCAGGUGCUUGCUAAAAUGGCGGAUCAAGAUAAAGUUCAAGCUGCCAUUGAAGAAGCAAAUGAAGCUAAAGCUUUAGCUGAAAAGGCUUUACAUGAAAAACAUGAACUACAAAAAGAAUUAGCUUCCGGAGCUGAUGGUAUGGUCAGUGAUCUUAAGAAUAAAAUUGAGUCACUUGAGGAUCUUUUACGUAUUUCUCGCCAUACCGUAGAAACACUUCAACAAAAACUUAAUGAUUUGGAAUCGAGUUAUCUUGAAAAAUUGGCAGAGCAGAAUGUUGAAUUGAGGGAUCUUGAAAGAAUAUUAAAAGAACAGCAUGGUGCAUCGGAUUCUGAAUCUUUAAGUAAACAAGAAAUGAUUAUGAAAUUAGAAAGGAUGCAAGAAAUUGCAAAAACUGAACAAAAAUUAGUAGGAGCUAAAGUUUGGACUCCUACAUUUUCGGAUUUCAAGAUGCCCGAUGCAAAUGAAUAUAUUUAUAAUCCUAAUCGUUACAGCACUGCAACUUCGGAUACUUUAUAUUCAACUGAUUCACAAAACCUUCAAGGAACUAAUCAAUCAAACGCCGAUCAAAAUUCUCAAUCGUUUCGAAUUUCGCGAAUUUCAUCAACUGGUCAAUUUGGUUCUCAUUCUUCUCAUUCUUCUCAUUCAAUAAACCCUAUUUCUCCUGGUACAAAUUUUGGACCUGGAGGAUUUGUGCCACCAAAAUUGAAUUCCAAUAUCUUAAAUGACAUAUUAAAUUAUCAGAGGCCCCCUUCAUCUAUUCAAUUUCCUUCGGCUGAUCCAAACUCCAAUCAAUCACCUUCAUCUAUUCAAUUUCCUUCUGCUAAUUUAGGCUUCAGUCAGCCACCUUCACAAGAUAUACCACCACAAAAACCACCAAGACCCGAAUCAUCAAUGCCCACUCUCCCCUCAUCAUCUCCACCUCAAUCAUUACCUUCUAUACAAGAAACUCCAUUAUCACCUUCUACACAAGAAGAAAUUUCUUCCCCACCACCAACAAUAAGUGAUGUUCUUCCACCACCACCACCGCCGCCACCACCUCCACCUCCACCACCAAGUGCAGGUGAUGUCCCACCGCCACCACCUCUUCCACCAAGUAAAGGUGAUGUUCCUCCUCCACCGCCUCCGCCACCAGGCAAGGGGAGUGCUCCACCACCCCCACCACCUCCUCCACCACCACCGGGCAAGGGUGGUGCUCCGCCGCCACCCCCACCACCACCACCACCAGGCAAAGGUGGUGCUCCGCCGCCACCUCCACCACCUGGUGCACCUCCACCACCUGGUGCACCUCCACCACCUGGUGCACCUCCACCACCUGGUGCACCUCCACCACCUGGUGCGCCACCACCACCGGGUGCACCACGCUUUGUGACUGCAUCACAAAACCGCAAGGCCCUUCCUUUUGUUGCUAAAAAGAAACUUCUACAACUUCAAUGGGACAAACUUAAUACAUUAUCCGUUAAUAAAACAUUUUGGGGUCAAGCAAACAUGAGUGAAGAAGAACUUCUUAAAUUACUUGGUGGUGAAUUUGGUGUUUUUUCAACCAUUGAGGAACUUUUUGCCGCUAAAGAAGCUGCCAAAAGGAAACCGAAGGCGGAAAAGAAAGAAGAAAUUACUGUUCUUGAUUCAAAAAGAGCACAAAAUAUUAAUGUAACGAUUGGAAGAUAUAGGCAAAUGUCAUUUGAAGAAAUGCAUACUAAGAUUAUUGAAAUGGACGAAUUCUUUUGCACAGAGAAUUUGCUUUGUCAAUUGAUGCUAUAUACGCCAACGGCCGACGAAGUAAUGUUUAAAGAAGGCACAGAGGAUUAUGAAAAUUUAGCUCGAGCUGACAGAUUCUUUGUCGAGAACAUUGUUUCGAUAUUAAAUGCUUCUAUAGCCCUUAAAGAAUCAAAAUAUUUCAAAGAGUUACUAAAUCUUGUUGAUACUAAAGCUUCAAAUAAUACGUCCCUUACGUUAUUACAUUUCCUAUCUGAUACUGUUGAACAAAAAGUACCUCAUUUAAUUGGUUUUAUUGAUGAAUUAAAUGAUUGUGGGUCUGCAUGCAGAGUAUCACAACAAGAUAUGACAAAUGAAUAUCGAACGAUGGGAACUAAAUUGUACGACCUUACAGUUGAAUUGCAAAAGAAUUUUACGGAUACUGAAUUAGAAAAAAAUGAUAGGUUCCCGGAAAUUAUGAAAGAAUUUGUAGUAAAAUCACAAAAGAAGUUUGAAGAACUUCAAAUUAAAUAUACUUCAAUGGAAGUUGCUUAUAAAGAUGUUCUUUCACACUUUGGCGAAGAUCCGAAUAAUACAAAGCCCGAUGAGUUCUUUGGAAUAUUUAAGACCUUUGUUACAUCGUUUGAGCGUACAAGAGCUGAUAAUAAGAAAGCUAGAGAUCGAGAAACUACUGCUCAAAAGCGAAAGGCGGAGAUUGAAAGUCGUAGAAAAGCUAAUGCAAAUACGGGAGUCCACGUUGGAGAGAAUGCUACAUCGGAUCCAUCGGAAGAGAAACAUUUGAUGGAUAAUUUAUUAGAAACGUUAAGAGAUGGUAGAGAUCUUGAUUCAAGAAGUCGAAAUAGACGUGGUGCUAGAGAUAAACGCGUCAACAGAAGUAUGUCAAUUGCGUUGAAGGCAGAAUCUAUUUUGAAUAGACUUAAAGAGGAUCAACCACCAGUUCCUGAAAUACCUAAACAAAUUACAGCAGAAUAA